CGUCCUCUUCCCAUCCAAACCGCAGCAGAGCUCGCAAACGCACACAGGAGACAGGACAAUGCAGCAGCUCGCCCUCCUCCGCCCGCUCACCCUCCCCGCCGCGGGUCCCCUCGCCGCGCGAUGCCGCGGUGGCCGGGGGCGAGGCGUCCGCUGGAGAUGCGCGACGGGGGGAGGCGCGGGUAGCGUGGGGGAGGAGGAGGAGAAGAGCGCCGCGGCGGCGUGGCUGAGCUCCGCGGUGGGGGAGAAGGUGGACGAGCUGCUGCAGCGCGAGGAGAACCGGGCGCUGCUGGAGGGGGUCGAGGCCGCCGAGCGGCGGGUGGAGCGCGCGCGCGCCGCGCUCGCCGACAUCGAGCGCCAGGAGGCUGCCGCCCGCCUCGCCAGGGAGGAGGUCCGCCGCCUCGAGAGGCGCCGCGACGAGAUUGCAGAGUCCCAGCGUGAAUUGCUACAGGCAAGAGAAAUGAUUGAUGAAGCAGAACGUUCCUUGUCUUCUAGUCUUGAGGAUCAAAGCUUUGGAGAUGUACCAAGUGGUGAUAUUGAUGAAGAUAGUGAAAGAUUGGAAUCUGUAAAAGCUGCAGCAGUUUCCUCUGUAGUUGGUGUUCUAGCUAGUUUACCCAUAUCUUUCUAUGAAUUCCACGAUUUGCCGCAAUUAUUUGUUCAGUUGUCAGUUAUUUUCAUAAGCUGUGCUUUGUUUGGAGUUACAUUCCGGUAUGCCAUUAGAAGAGACCUGGAUAAUGUCCAACUAAAAACAGGGGUUGCUGCUGCAUUCGCGUUUGUAAGAGGACUUGCUAUGGUGGAAUCUGGGAGCCCCUUUGAGAUGAGCACUGAUGCCUUGAUAUCGCUCAUCCUUGAUGGUGCAGUUAGUGUGGCUGAGAAUAUUUUGACAUUUCUACCUGCUGCAAUUGCACUGGACUAUUGUUUUAAGAUGGGAUUUUUUAGUCCAUUCCCUACAAGAAGAAAAUAGUAGUUUCUGCGAAUAAUCUGUAGGAUCCAUAAUGGCAUUUGUUGGUCGAAUUACUUUAUGUGAAUAUACCAUACUGCUUAUGUCUUA